AUGUCGACUCCAGCUACAGAUUCCAGGAAUGAACAGUCGCCAUCCACUGUCUCCGAAUCCUCCGGCGGUUUCAAGUCUUUCUGGAGGAAAUCGGAGCGACAUACUCCAAGCCAGGAUGUACAGUUUGUGCAACAAGAUCCAAGCACGAAACGAAAGAGUCGAGGUAUCGGCAGACUCUUCAGCAGCUCUACGUCAGGUCCCGCGAGUCCCGGCAGUUCAGAAAAUAGUGGUGAUAUAGGGAAGCGGCGCCAACAAGUCUAUCAGGCACAGAAGCGCCAUCGUAAUCGUAAGGUCGAAUAUGUGCAGUCCCUUGAAGCCGAGGUCGCACGUCUACAGCAUCUGGAUGCCACGGUCAACAGCGAGAGGAACACGAUUGCAAUCGAGAACGAGAAGCUAAGAGCUUUACUAGCGGCUGGCCCUGCGGAAGCACAGCUCGAUUCUCUCAAGCUUGACCAGCAGGAUCUGGACAUUAGCAUGCUCGGCGGCGCAACUGUGAACAGCCAUUAUGACGAGUUCAUCGGCCACGAACGCUGGUUUAUGGACAUUGAUGAUCUGACAGACUCGUCCUGGACGUCUACAGAUGACUCCGACCGCACCGAGACGAAUCGUACCGAGACCAACGGGACCUCGCAUCACAACCUUGCGAUCCCUGUGGAUCAUCGAGGAGAUUCGUGGGCAGCGCUUGACUUCAUCAUGGCACUCGAGUGGCCUUGCAAAAGUCAUGUACACCAUCAUGCCAUUAACCCAGAUGUUAGUGCUCCGUUAGCUUGUGAUGUUGGCAAGUUUCACGGACACGCCUUUACCACCACACAGGCUGUCUUCCAAAGCUCCAUGCCACCAUCCACUCAGCUGCAUAGACAAAACCCGACCUCGCUAGAAGAAGCGGAUGUUCAACAAGUCUCAGCAUCGAACAAUUGCUGGCAAUUGCCUCAUUCGGAGAUAGACAAACUCGUCUUCCUCAGCGCCCAGCUUCCGCUGGACGACGAGCAAGUUACUCCUGCGAAAGCCUAUGCGGAGAUCAAACGCCACCUACCAGAGAAGACUGCACUAAGACCGGUGCUGGAUGCCAUGAAGAUUACACUGUCGAAAGCUGUCAAUUGUUCCGGAUUUGGUGCUUGGAUGCCGAUCGAGACAUUCCAGGCAUGCUUGAAGAGUGUUACUGGAAUUGACAUAGGCAUCAGCAUAUAA